AAAAAAAAAAAAUCAAGGGAAAAAAUGUCAUCUUACUAUAUUUCAUAUUAAUAUAAGCUGUAAUUUCUCUUGUAAUACCAGAAGAUGCAUUAUUCCAUCAUAGAAUGUUGUCAUUUUGCAGAGGAUCAACAAUGUGACAUAUAGUUUUCUGAAUCGCAAAAUUUAUAUUUGACUCGUGCUUGUCAUUCACUUCAUUGCAGCACUAUAUGGUCAUAGAAUUUCCAUCCAUAAAAGAAAGCCUUGUGAAGGCUUUCCAUCUUGAAAAGCUAGAGGAAUUAAUGAAAAAUGCUGAAAAGGUAUACAAUAACUUUCAUUGCUUUGUCAUCUAUAAAGUAGAAGGCAGCAAUUAUUUUAAUUUACAUCUGUGUACUCAUUUCAUGGUUAUUAUAAGAUAGGAUAAAUUUUUUAUUAGAUAGUGUUUAUUGUCUUAUAUUGCAGAUUUUCUUCGCCAUACUUCAUAAAUCACAUUGGUUUCCGAUGAUCGUUCAUGUCACGGAAAAAGAAAUCUACAUUGUUGAUCAUCUGCAAAAUGACACAACAUUCUAUGAUGGAAUAAUACAUCUUCUGGUAUUACAAGAAAAAUUACAGCUUAUAUUAAAUUACAGCUUAUAUUAAUAUGAAAUAUAGUAAGAUGACCUUUUUUCCCUUGAAUUUUUUUUUUGAGGCUUAGGUAUGGAUUUUGAAUAAAUUCUUGAAUAAGGAUUGGAGCUGGACUUUUUAUCUUGUAAAUCAUAAUUCACGACAGAAGGAUACAUCAAGUUGCGGUGUUUAUACAUUGAAAUUUAUACAAUGUUGGGCAAUGGGACGCGCACCCAACAUUACUAAAUCAGUAAGUACACAAAUGCUUGUUGUCAGACUCAUGCUAGUUUAUUGCAUCCAACUAAUAUUUGUAUAUCAGACUCAUGCUAGGAUUGCUAGGAAGUUUAUGGCCUUGGAGAUUGCAAUGAGUAAACUGGCAGACCCCUUCAAUUAUGCUUCCUUUUUGAAUGAGAAUAAAUUGGGAAAGGAGACUGAGGUCCAAGGAGUGCAAACUGAAAGGCCACUUGUUAGGAUAACCCGAGCUGCUUCUCGAAAGGCAUCAAAUAGCAAACUCCUAAUUCUGGACCUGAAUGGGGUGAUUCUAGCCAAGAAUUCCAAUGGCAGAUAUGACUUUAAAUUCAAGCCAUAUACCCGUGAAUUUUUGAAAUUCUGCUUCUCAUGUUUUAAUGUGGCAAUUUGGUCAUCAAAACAAUGGCAUAAUGUUCAACGUGUAAUAAAAAAUCUGUCACAUUUUAAAUGGAAGUUUGUUUGGGUGAGACUUCAUUUGUCAUUAUUAGAAUUUGUAGAAUCAGUCUCUUAGCAAAAUUUUGCAGAAUCAGUCUCUUAUUUUUGGGUAAUGUAAUGUUCCAUUGGAUACUGCUGUAUUUUGCAGAAUCAGGCUCACUGCACUGUAGUCGAAACCAAAACUAAAGAAAAUUCAGAAAAAAAGAUUAUGUUUAAGGACUUGAGGAAAGUUUGGAAAGAUUUUGAGCAAUAUGGUCUGUCUAACACAUUGUUAGUCGAUGAUUCUCCAUAUAAAUCAUUCCUUAAUCCUGUAAGUAUACUUGUUAUGUGACAUAUUCUUGUACUCUGUUCUGGAUGAUGCUCUAAUUUUUUUCCUUUGCUGAAUUUUUUAGAGAUACAAUGCCAUCUUCCCCGAAUCUUAUGCAUUUUCAAGUGAAAAGGAUAAUUAUCUGGGUGAGAAGCAUUUUUCUUGGCUUUGUGAUUUUCAUUAUUGAAUUAACCUGAAAUUAUUCAAGUAACUUGAAAAGAAAUAUUUGCAGAUCCUAAAGGAGAAUUUGCUCAGCACUUGAAGAAAUUGGCUGAAGCUGAUAACGUAGAAGAAUUCAUCAAACAAAACCCAUUUGGUCAACCGCCCAUAAUACAAGAAAGUGACGAAUGGCACUUUUACAUGAAGGCUCUUAAUGAAAGCUGAUUUGCGGAUUGAAAGCUGGGACGAAUGGCAGUGAUGAAGAUAGAGAAUUAUUUCAAUGGAUUAUCUAAGGACAGCGGCUGUGAGGGAAGAUAAAGAAGUGAAGGUUCUGGAGAUGAAGGACUUGUUCAAAGUUCAGAUGUUUCAAUGAAGAGAAGCUCUUGGAGAGGAAGUGAAUAGGCAGUGAAGAGAUGAUCAGUCAGAGAGAGAGGAAAUGAUGAAUUACAGGUUUCAUCAUCAGUACCAGGUGGCCGGCAAAGCUUUUACUGAAAUUGGAUUGCUGGAGCCAGCCCAUUUAACACCUGCACAAGUGAUCUUUAAUUUAUUGUUUUGUUUUUGUUAUGUUUAAAAAUAUUGAAAUUCUGAUUCAUGUUCACUUGUUUAUGAACAGAUUGGAGAUACUUCAUCUGCUCAAUUCUGAUUCAUGUUCACUUGUUUAUGAACAGAUUGAAGAUACUUCAUCUGCUCAAUUCUGAUUCAUGUUCACUUGCUAGCUAACAUGACGAUGAGCCUGGCUCUAAAUACCAAAAGAACGGGAGAUGGAUCCCGGAAUGGCCGGACUAUUAGGCUCCGGUUAAAUACCUAUAUUGAUUUCUUAGAAGUUAUUAAAAAUCUUAUUACAGAAGUUCUUUUUAUUCUUAUAUUGAAGUGGUGCUUAUUUCUCUCAAUAUAAAGGGCUUCUAGUUUCCUUAGAUUUCCAUAGUCAAGAGGAAGGUAAUUUAGAAGACAUCCAACAGGAUAUCUUAAAUAACCUCUGGAAUAGCAGAAAUAGCACUGAUAAAGUUAGAAAUCUUAAUAUCUUGGCAUUUUAUUUUAACAAUCUUCCGAAACAAAGUUUUUCAUAUUAUGUAGUAGUAAAAGGAAAAACACCUGGAAUCUAUUCUAAAUGAAUUUCCGUUAUAGAACAAAUAAAUCAUUUUCGUAAUCCUUUAUGGAAAGCAUUUCAUAGCAUACAUGAAACACUAGAAUUCGCUAGGCAGAAUAUAGGAACAACAUUUUAUGUAGAUCCUAAGGCUAGCAUGGAUAGCAUGAGGGCUCCAGUAUAUCAAAAUAUAGAUGCCCCUAGUAG